AAGAAAGCUAUAAAUUUGACAAUUACCAAUAUAACCUCAAAUUUCCAUAACAAGAAAGAAAUAAAGAAAUCCAUAUUUUAAUCAUUUGGAAACUAAACAAAUUUUGAAAAGAGCAACAAUGACCGUUGUGGAAUUUUUUGGUUGCAUCUUCUUGGCGUUCGGCCCUCCGUUAGCAAUGUUCAUAUUAACAGUAGCCCACGAUCCGGUGCGAAUAAUAAUUCUAAUAGCAGCUUCGUUUUUCUGGCUGCUGUCCUUACUAAUAUCGUCGUUGUGGUGGUUCGCUGUGGUUCCCUUAAGAGGUCAAUUGGCGUUUGGAUUAGUGUUCUCGGUGAUAUUUCAAGAAAUCUUCCGAUAUUUGAUUUAUAAGAUAUUACGAAAGGCUGAAAACGGACUUAAACGAAUUACGGAUGACAGUAUGCAACUGAUUGAAAAUAAGCACAUAUUGGCCUAUGUUAGCGGUUUGGGCUUCGGUAUAAUAAGUGGAAUGUUCUCGUUGGUGAACGUAUUGGCCGAUGCAAUUGGACCUGCAACGAUGGGAUUGAAGUCUGGUACUCAAAUGUUCUUUCUAGUCAGUUCUACAAUAAGUUUGUCAUUUAUUUUAUUUCAUACGUUUUGGAGUGUGAUAUUUUUUAAUGCUCUCGAUAAUGGAAACAAAUUACAAGUGGUUGGUGUUAUUGCAUCGCAUCUUGUAGUGUCAUCACUGACUUUACUAAACCGAUAUCACAUCUACUCGGCCGUCUUAAUUCCGUUAUAUGUAAUCUUAAUUCUCACAAUGUUUUGUGCCUUCAAAAUAGCUGGAGGUACAUUCGCGUCAUUUAAAGCUUCAUUCACUUUCUAAUAAUUACUUUAACUUAUGUGUUUGUUAACCAAUUUUUAUACUAUUUACUUAUUUAUGAUUAAAAUAACUAUUAUACUA